AAAAUGUUUUCUUGUGACAAGUGUGAAAAAGUGUAUGUCGCCAAAAACUGUUUGAUGAGACAUAGGAAAAUACAUGACGGUAUACGAUUUAAGUGUUAUUUAUGCCCAUUUAGUUUUUCGGACAAAUGUGGACUUGUACGCCAUGUUCAAAAGAUACACCACCCCGUAAAGUAUGGUGUGGACUAUAAUAUUUCUAUAGGAAAUCAUGCUGAUUCGAGGGCUAUGUCAACAAGUGAAAAUUUAAAUGUUGCGGAGAGAAUGCAGGCAGGUCCCAGUGCAAUUAGUCCUAAACGUCGCAAACAAUGUAACACCGACAAUACGAUUAAAUGUAAACGGGUAAAGGCUAAACGAUUACAGGACAUUACGACGAGCGGUUUUCAUAAAACGGGUGAAUCAUUAAAUAGUCAAAUUUUAUGGUUAUAUAAAAAAAAUAUUGAAAAUGUAGUCGGGUAUCAAUCGUUUUUGUCGGCAACAAGAGACGAUUUAGUUGAAAAAUGA